CACCUCCGCCAGCCGAACACACCCUGAGCUCCCAGCGCAGGUAGGCGAAACGCCUUUUCCACGGGAUUUCCAGCCCUUUAAAGUGACCGGACUUUGGCUGCGUGGCUGCGGAGCUUCAGUAUUACGGCUCGAGUCCUCUUGGUGACGCUCUGCUGACAUCACUUUGAUAUUCCCCACUCGGCUUCUCCGGAUCACACUCACGGAGCUCUCCUCCGACUCUCUCUCUCUCUCACACACACACACACUAACACACCCACACGCGCACGCACACACACUCCGUCCACACUUUGUUGCCGUUCCGUUCCGCUUCGCUCGUGGCUAAGACGCACCGCGGCACGCAGCUCACCCGCGGGCUACCUGCGCGCAUUGCGGCCGCUCCACAAGGACAAGGGGGGGGUUGGACUCUUUCGUUUGCUGACAUUUGCGAGGAAGGAAAAGAGAAACUAAACGCGCGUCCGGAUUCAGGAGAGGCACGCGCGGAGAGACGGGAGGAAAGAGAAGCUGCAACUUGGCUGGUUUCAACCCGGGCGGUCUGAACUGAGCUCACAAGUUUCUUGGCUCUCGCAGGAGAAGGAAUAACUGGGAGCCCGGCUGCAACCACACGGCGCUGUUGUGGAUAUUUACGUCCGGCUCGUCUUCGGUUUAGAAGAAUGGCGAGAGAUUACGCGGCACGCUGUCCGGUCUCUCCGAUGGGAAACACUUGGUUGGUGGCGGCGGCAGCGGCGAUCCUCCUCGCAGCCCAAGGUAUCUUGGCUCAGAAAGUGCGAGUCGAGGAGGAACUGGAGGCGUAUCCCAUGGAGUCUGUUGAUCUCCGCUGCCAAUUCAUCGACGGAGGAGGUCUAACCAAGCUCACACAGGUGUCUUGGAUUUGGGAACCCAGCGAUGGACAGAGGGACAACAUUGCCGUGUACCACCCGGUCUACGGUCAGAGCUUCCCCAACCUGUCCUUCAAGGACCGGGUCGUGUUCCUUCACAACAGCCUGGAGAACCCGUCCAUCAGGAUCUCUCAGCUACGAAUGUCCGACGCCGGCCGCUACACCUGCGAGUACGCCACCUACCCGACCGGAAACGAGCAGGCGACGACCACCCUGACCAUGCUCGCCAAGCCCAGGAACUCGGUCAACGUCGUGACCGUCCAGGCCGGCACCAAGUCGGUGGUGGUGGCGCGUUGCGAAGCGGUGGACGGGAAACCAGCCGCCACCAUCAAGUGGCUGGCGUCGGUCGGCGGCAACCACUCGACCAGCGCCACCAACGGGCCAGACGGCACGGUGACGGUCCGCAGCGAGUACCGGCUGGUCCCCACGCCGGCAGAUAACGGCAGGGAGGUGACCUGCAUGGUUGAGCAGAGGACACAGGACCGGCCUUGGGUUAACUCCGUCAAGCUGUCCGUGGAGUACUCCCCCUCCGUGUCCAUCGAGGGCUACGACAACAACUGGUACGUCGGCCGCCCCGACGCUGAGCUGAUCUGCCUGGCCAACGCCAACCCCGCGCCGGUCAACAUCACCUGGACUGCGUCCUCGGGUCCUCUGCCGGAGACGGUGAAGGUGGACGGCAACAAGCUGACGGUGAAGAAGGUCGACGACGCCGUCAACACCACCUUCAUCUGCGAGGCCGAGAACAAGCACGGGGCCAGCAGACACCAGAUCACCACCUUUGUCAGUGAAGAGGAACGUAAACUCGUUCAAGACCCGCCAACAGGUCCUGUAAUAGGAGGCGUCGUGGGGGCGCUCCUCUUCAUCGCCGCCAUCGUCAGCGUCAUCUUCUUCAUCCGCAAGUGGCAGGAGAACGGGGAGGGCCCCCCCAAGCACAAGCCUCCUCCUCCUCUGAAGGCGAGCAGCUCAACGGAGAUGCUGAACAAAUCAUCGGAGCCUCCCACGGCCACAGAGACGGUGCCUCUCAGCCCGGGAGAGGUUUACUACGAGACCACAGGAGGAGAGCCCGUCACAAACCUGGAUGAUGAGACCUCCGGAGCCCCGAACGGCGGGGCCCCUCCGGUCCUGAGCACCUCGGCCACGUACGACAACGAGCUCAAGGGCCACGGGGCCGGCGGUCACCACGGCAACGGUUUGGAUUCAUCCAGCCGCGAGACGCCGGGAGCCAACAUGUCCCGCGGCGAGAGCUUUGUGUCCUCGCCCAUGUACGUGUAGACGGGAGGAGGGGGGUGGUGGCAGUGGUGAGGUUGGGGGGAACAACCAGAACAAAUGACGUCACGGGCGAAUGAGCGGGUUCCAGGUCACUUAAAUUAGCACCAGAAUACGAGCACACCUGUGUCCACAUUUUAAAACAAAUAAAUAAAUUAAAUUUUAACGUUUUCACCCACACAUUAAUAAGUUAAUCUCUCUUUACCGGGCUCAUUUACUGGGUGUUAACACGUUUUUAUUUUAUGUAAAGUCACAUGGGAUUAUAAAGGUAUCGGAAUAUUUUUGUCAUUAUGUUGCGUUUAUUCCACAAAAAAAAGAAAAAGAAAAUAUAAAUUACAAAACUAUCAGAGUCGUUACAAGUGAUCUGGGUGGUGAAAGCUGUUCAGGAUGUGCACACACACAAACACACACAAAUACAGAGUAGUUCUUUCUUUCUUUCUGUCUGACAAGCCGGAGAGCCAUUGAAAUCAUAUGAGCACUGCAUAAGAUGAGGCUUUUACAAUGUGUUAAUUACAUGGUCCAGUGGAUGUUGCAAUGUAGGUGAACUGGAAUCCUAAUCAACUGCAGAUUAAUACACAGCGCUCGUGUCUGUGCGAUGCUUGCAAAUCAGCCCAAAACAACAAGAUAACAGCUUCUUUUUAUUAUUAUUAUUAUUAUUAUUAUUUCCAGUGGAUUCAGUGUCAAAUAUUAUAUGCAACAUUGUGUGCCAUGUACAUACACCGUAACAGAAUUAUCGUUCAAUGUGAAGCUGCCAGUCCUGAGUGUAAAAGAAAGAAAGUACCGUCUCUGAAAUACUUUCCAAAUUAAAGCUCCUCCACUGUUUGAGUUGACUUAAAGCUGAAUUUGGUCUUAAUUAGAGCCAAGAUCGGAGAUUAAUGCCUGAUCAUGUGACUCUCCGGAGCUUCAUUUAAUCAAAUAUUUAAACCAGUUCAAAUUUAACUCGUUUUCUGCUCAGGCUGCAGGUUCGAUAAAGAAACAUCCCAUUUAAUUCUGACCCCGGAUCCUCGGGAUCCACAGCCUCCCCUUCGUUAGCACUAACAAAGAGGAAAUGACAUCAUCCUGAAGCUCUGUAACCUGGUAACAAGAGUAAAAAGUAUCUGUGUGCUGUGGGGUUGUUGGAAACCUGUUUACACCAAUGCACACACACACACACACACACACACCACAGAGUCCACAUAUAUACAAAAAAACACCACAAACACAGUUUAUUUUGUUGUUUGUUUUACAGCCUUCCUUUAAUGAAUCACGUAUAGGUUUGAGGAAUGUACUUCAGAAUGUGUGAAUGAUCAGCAUAUAUUAGAAGAAUACUGCCAUUACAGCCAUUUUAACACAUUAAAGUGGUCACACUCUCUGAUAUAUGCAGAACAUUUAGCCCAAGUAGAAAAAAAUAACCUUUCAGCCAAACAGGGGAGAAAAAUACAAAUAAAAACGUAUGUGAACAAGUGUAUGGAAGCGUAUGCAUUCACUUGAGAGAAAAAAAAUAAAUAAAUGUUUUUCUGAGAAUAAAAUACUCCAAUCAGCCACAACAUUAUGACCACUGACAGGAGAUGCAUCGUGUGACAAUUUAACGUUCUGCUGGGAAAUGUUGGACCUGUAGUAAUACAGGACUCCUUGAUGGAAGCAGGACACACACACAAAGACACUUCAACUCAAACAAAGACCCUUAAAGGGACAAUGGAAACCUACACAAUAUUAGGAAGGUGGUCAUAAUGUUAUGCCUGAUCACUUUAAAAUCUGUUUGUCAUGAGGAUACUGCAGUAUUAUCCAGCCCUAACCAUGAGAGGGAAUGAUCUCAACAUCUUUUUUAUCUCGACGUCUGCAUAAAGUUGACAAGACGAGUUUCUCUCUCUCUCUCUGUGUCUUAAGCCCAAAGCAAAAUAAAACUUGACUCGGAACUUUCUUCUCAUAAAAACAGAACUACUUUUUUCUUUUUUGCUAAUACAAAAAACAAACCUACUGUGUUUUUUUGUUUUGUUUUUUUCCCUCAAGUGAACUCUUCGGAUACACUUCCAUAAAAGGGAACAACAACUAUGCCUGAAACAAAAAGAAAAAAAAAAGGUCUUCACCGAUGUCACGUGGUACCAAAUGAUGAACAGUGUAAAUAGUAUUGAUAAUAUUGAUGAAUAAUAUAUUGUUGGUGAAAUGUGUACACAUUAAAAAAAAAAGUAAACCGAUAAAAUAAAAGUGUAGGUGUUAUCAGUGCCUCUGUACAGGGGAAGGAAGUUCGUUAAAUGUCAAAUGAGCGCCAAAAAAAAACACAAAACAACAAAAAAAACAACAACUGUAUAGUACUAUUUUGCUUUCCACGGGUACAUUAAGGUUGUCACUUACUACUAAAAUGUUUUGAGUAUAUAAAAAAUGCAAUGGUGUGGAUUUUACUCCUUGUUCAUAUUAACUCUGCAUGGCAUGAUCGGUGGCUUGUUGAAAAAACUUUUUUCCCAAGGCUGUUUGCGGAAUAAUCAUUUAUUUUUAUUUAUUUACUUUUUUGUUUUCUGAGUGUCAGAAUAUAACGUCGUCUCAACGCGUCUGUCGUAGUCACAUCAUCAUGAGCACAAUUUGGGUUGAGAGAGAGCAGGAUUUCUUCUUCGUCUUCUUCUUCUUCUCCUACUUCUUCUUCUUCUUCUCUGUUUGUAGUAACAGCAUCUCCGCAGGCUUCCCGUUUUUUGUCUCUCGUGCUGAUCUGAGAACGCAGCCAGCGUGGAAUCGUCAUCUCUCAGCGUUCAAAACAAAUAGAAAUCCCACUUCUCCUUCCCCUCCCCCCCCCCCCCUCUUUUUUUCUCCUCCCCCUCUCUCCCCCUCUCUCCACCGCACUUAAUCUCCUGCUUGAGACCUGCGACGACACAAAUCUCUCAGAGUAAUCGUGUUGACUUUUUUGAGGCGGGUUAAGGCGAAAGCGCGUGCACGCACAGAGCGCCGGUGGAUAAACUGCAGAUUUGGAGGCAGUUUGUCAACAGGUGCGAAGUAUCGGGCGACGGAGGCGGCAGAUAGAGAUGGAGGGGGGCGCGUACAUGAGGGAGCCGGGGGUAAUGCGAAGGAAGGAAUGACAAUGAAAGAGAAAUUUCAUCACAAGCUUUCACUUUCUGCACAGUGGGCACCAAAAGCAAUUUUCUUUCGCUCACCUAAGACAAUCAUAAAUUUUUUUUUUGCCUUUGUUUUCUUCCUAUAUUUAUAUAUAUUUAUAUAUAUAUAUACACUGUAUUUGAAGUUAUUAUAGAAGUCUCACUUUUAGCCGCAUGGCAACAAUUUGUCCCUAAACUUAUUAUUGAACAUGUUUUCAGAUUGGCCAUCCACAGUAUUUGAUUCUCUUGUUUUUCUUAGUUAAUCCAGACACAUGCAGGAUCUAAACUGUGACUUCUACCAUAGCUAAUUGUGUAACCGUGUCUUCGGUGUGUCCGCUUCUUGCAUCCGAGGUGUUUAUUUUCAUUAAAGGGAAUGUCUGCAUGCUGCAUGGACCUAUGGGAGGAAACAAACAAGCAAACAAACAAACAAACAAACAAAAAGAGCUACGUACGUAUUUUUUUUGCCAGAAGAGUCGUUAACUUUCUGACUCGCUCGUGCCGUGCAGUGUCAGACAAUCACACAUAUUUUACAGCCGCGCCGCAGAGCAAAAAACUGUCACGAGUGCAGUGGCUUUUUGCUUCUCUUUGUCUGCGAAUUAAUUUCCCAGAAUGAAUGAAUAUUUAGUUUCCUGUGGAUUGUCGUGUUUUAUGUGUUUUGUGCCAGAGGGCCCGCUCGCGAUGGAUUGAGUAAAAAGGGAAAAGACAAUCAUUGGGAGCCAUUAUAUCAGAGACCAGUGACUCAGCAAGCACUCAGUUAUGAGUUUUUGGCUCUGCCGUCUCAUUUAGUGUAAGAGCAAGGGGGGCGGGGGAUCAUUCAGCUUUACCCAGAGCCUUAUUUUUAUUAGAGCCGCUUCAUCGGGACGCAUCCUCAGUCAGACUCUUAACGUCUCCAGGAAUAGUCAUGAGUCUUAAAACGGAAAUAUAAUCUGUAAAUGAAUUUACGACCCGAGCCGUAUGAUCCCACCGUUCUAAUAAUGACAUUAGAUGGAUUAGCUGUUAGAUAAAGGCUCUGGGUUCGUCUCUUCGGUGAGAUGUGCCGUGUUGCAUUUUCUGGCGAAAAAAAAAUUUAAAAAAAAACAAAAAAAACAAGGUGCUUCGCUCCGUUUCCCCACUCCCUCUGUUCACGGGUUCAACGCCGGAGAACCAGGCUGUAUGUGGAUGUCGGAGAUAAUGUGGUGGGGUCUGAAUCCGCUCCCUCAUUUCCCCUCCUUUUUUUUAUUAAUUUAUUUUUUCCCCUUCUCCACGAUCUCUCGCGUUCAUCCAUUGUCAUCAGAGCUUUUCAUCACGGAGCCAGACGUGCCUUCUUUAUGUUAUUUUUAGCUUUUCAAUUCUCACAUUUCUUCUCUGACAGUGGAACGGAUGAUGAAACGGGGAGGAAUACACAAAUGGGGGAUGUGUUUGACAUUGAUAAUGGCGAUGCUAGAGAACACACACUCACUCGCUCACACACACACACACACACACUGGAGGUCUGAUCAUAUUUCUGUGAGUGUUGAUUGAUUUCCUUUCAUUUAUUCUAUGUAUCACGGAUCAAAUAUGGUUUUGUAUGCUUUGGGGGACUCCUGUUGUACAUGUUUUACAGAUCAUUGUCUUGUCAAAUAAACUGUAAACAAAAAAAGGA